AUGUUUGGUUUUAAUAAUAACACGGCAGCAAAAACGUUUCGUAUUCGCAAGCCAGAGACUGGCACAAAACAUUACCAGCUGCGCCAGUAUGCGGAAGCGACUUUGGGAUCAGGAUCCCUAAUGGAAGCAGUGAAGCUGCCAAAAGGAGAAGACGUGAAUGAAUGGAUUGCCAUGAACACGAUGGACUUCUAUACCCAAAUAAAUAUGCUUUAUGGAACAAUUACCGAGUUUUGUACAGAGAAAACGUGUCCCCAAAUGAACGCAGGACCCAAUUUUGAGUACUACUGGCAAGAUGAGAAGGUAUACGUGAAACCAACGAAAAUGAAUGCCCCGGAUUAUAUUAAUACACUCUUGGAAUGGGCACAAGAAAAGCUAGAUAAUAAGCGAUUGUUUCCAACGGAAAUCGGUGUUGAAUUUCCACGCGAGUUUAAAAAAAUCGUCCAGCAAGUCUUUCGACGACUUUUCCGAAUCUACGCACAUAUUUAUUGCUCUCAUUUUCAUGUUAUGGUCGCUCUAGAAUUGGAAAGCUAUUUAAAUACUUCAUUUAAGCAUUUUGUGUUUUUCUGCAAAGAAUUCAACCUUUUGGAUGGCAAGGAAUAUGCCCCAAUGGAAGAUCUAGUAGAAAGCAUGGUUUAG